ACAACAUGGCCAGAUCAUGGAACUCCGGAGGAGAUGGCCUUGACUGAAUUUCUGUGGCUGGUCAGGACAUCACGUAACACACAGGAUGAUCCGCUACUGGUACACUGCAGUGCUGGGGUCGGCCGGACAGGAACCUACAUCGCCCUGGACUACCUGCUGGACCAGGCUCUGGCUGAGGAUGCGGUGGAUGUGUUUGGUUGUGUCUCGGGGAUGAGAGACCAGAGGAAGGGCAUGAUACAGACCAAGGAGCAGUACACGUGUGUUUACAUGGCCCUGUAUGAAACACUCCAGUUUGGCAACACUGUCAUCGGCGUUGAGGAAUUCAGAAGAAGCCGAGACAUUGAAGGGACAUUCUCCACAGGACGGAUGGCAAUUACAGAGUUCAUAGAGACCGUGAACACUCAAAGGAAGGCACAGUCCCAGGGAACCAGCAUGAGGGGUCGUGUAUGGAUAAAUGGACGCUCGGAUAUUCUAGCUGUCAGCUUACGGUCCCACCUGUCCAUGAAUGGCUACCUGUUAACAGAGGCCCCCUCCGUCACCACGGCGUCUCUGUUCUGGAAACUCACAGAGGAACAGGAAUCUUCCACCGUCAUUGUCCUGCCAGACUCGCAUCAGAGUCUGUCCAGUUUUGUUCCCACCCCAGGAGACAGCCUGGAUCUGGGCCCUGUGACUGUAAGAUGUUCCACAGAGGUCCCCGUCAACACUGACAUCACCCUCCUGAACGUCCACAGACAGAUGGAGAAUGUUCCAUCAACACCUGUACGUGUGUACAUCUUGAACAUCUUACCCGUGGGAUCCCCGUCGACUUUCUUAGAGCUUCUGGAACAAAUCGACCAACACACGGGAGAUGUCAGUCCCAAUACAGUUACCGUCAUAUACAGUGAUGGCGGCAGGCAGAAUGCAGCCAUGUUGUGCAUCCUGAGGAAUAUUGUCCAAGGCCUGAAGUAUGACAAACGAGCUGAGAUCUACAACAACAUGAGAGCUGUGGGCCACUGUCUGGAUCAGGACAUCACGGCGGCUGACGUUGCCCUGUGUUACGACGUGGCCGCAGCCUACCUGGAGUCCCAGAACAUCUACGCCAACACAUGAUGACAACCCCGUGGAUCGCACAAAUGUUG